AUGCCUAGGCGCCAUUCGCUUUCAGUCAACGAUGGUGAAAUCUAUUCAUAUGAUCCAAAUCAACCAGAGGACACUCUCGCGGCGGAACAUCCUGCUCUUAAUUCCGCGAUAUUCAUUGACAACCUCCCACUCACUAUUGACGAAUGGCCGUUAGAACUACCUCCUAAACCCUUGCUGCUUCAUCUUGUCGACAUAUUUUUUACUUGCUACCCGAACGCGCGGCGUGCUAUUCACCGGCCAACUCUUAUGGUUCAGCUUUUGGCUAACCCUGCCUCGCCAUUUUUUCCUUUCAUACCUCUUCUUCACGCCAUCUGUACUGCAGCUGCAAUUUACUCGCCACUGGUCGAAACUACCCCGCCACCCAACUUACACGCUGACGACAUCUUUCUGGGUCAGACACUAGUAGAUCGGGGACGAAAUCUAAGCUUUGAAGAACAACAUAUAAUUCUAUGCCAAUAUCAGUGUCGAGUAGCCGCAAGAGAGGGCAGAAACCUACUUGGUGUGAUACAAUCCUCUGUCAUUGGUGCCUGGUGGGCGUUCUCUUGUUGGAACGAUUCGAUUCAAGAUGUGCUCGAUGGUUCGAAUUUUGGAAACCCAUUGCCAAACAAAAUCCGUGAAAAGGUACUUGUUGGGCCACCGAACACGGAGACGGACGUCGAGCUCAGACGGAACAUAUUUUGGCUCGCAUAUUGUUUAGAAAGGUACCAUUUAUUCUCAAGCCCUUGGGUUUUUGAUAUUAGUGAUGAGGAUGUCUAUCAAACGCUACCAGGAACGUUAGAAGCAUUUGAAUCUGGUUUUGAUGAUGGCCAAGAGCGACAGACCAUCCUGUCCAAGGAUUUGUUUUCGAAUCACUACAGCAAUCAGGAUGAUUUUACAAUGUGCAAUCCUAUUAUCUCGGGUAUCAUGGCCUUUGCUUUCUCAGAACGAUGA